ACAGUUGAUUGUAAUGUCAGUGCAGUCCAAUUUACAGGCUGGAGCAGCAGCUGCAUACUGCAUUUCCCUGAAGUAAUACAUGAUUUCCACUCCUUGCAAACUUUAUCAUCUUGUUGCAGUGAGUCAGAAACCAAUAUGCACAGCAAGGGUGUAAUCUUAAACAUCCGAUUUCUUUUGCUGUUUCUUCUGCUCUGGGUGCUUAUUGGGGAAUCACACUCUGAAGAAGACAUCAUCAUUACAACCAAGAAUGGUAAAGUCAGAGGGAUAAACUUGUCAGUUCUUGGUGGCGCAGUAACAGCUUUUCUUGGAAUUCCCUAUGCACAGCCACCUCUUGGUAGACUUCGGUUCAGAAAGCCACAAUCGAUGACCAAGUGGUCUGAUAUUUGGAAUGCCACAAAAUAUUCAAAUUCUUGCUAUCAGAACACAGAUCAAAGUUUUCCAGGCUUUACUGGAUCGGAGAUGUGGAAUCCAAAUACUGACCUCAGUGAAGACUGCUUGUACCUGAACGUGUGGAUUCCAGUACCUAAGCCGAAAAACGCUACGGUGAUGGUGUGGAUUUAUGGUGGUGGUUUUCAAACUGGGACGUCGUCUUUGCCUGUUUAUGAUGGCAAGUUUCUGGCGCGAGUUGAAAGAGUUAUUGUAGUUUCAAUGAAUUAUAGGGUGGGUGCCCUAGGAUUUUUAGCUUUACCAGGAAAUUCUGAGGCACCGGGGAACAUGGGCUUGUUUGACCAACAGUUGGCACUUCAGUGGAUCCAAAAGAAUAUAGCAGCUUUUGGUGGAAAUCCUAAAAGUGUAACUCUCUUUGGAGAAAGUGCAGGAGCCGCUUCAGUGAGCCUUCACUUACUCUCCCCUAGAAGCCACCCAUUGUUCACCAGAGCCAUUCUGCAAAGUGGAUCUUCUAACACCCGUUGGGCAGUAAACUCUCUUGAGGAAGCUAGGAACAGAACAUUGACCUUAGCUAAAUUUAUGGGUUGCUUGAGAGAAAAUGAGACUGAGAUAAUCAAAUGCCUCCAAAAUAAAGACCCCCAGGAAAUUCUUCUGAAUGAAGUAUUUAUUGUUCCCUAUGGUACACUCUUGCAAGUACCUUUUGGUCCCUUGGUGGAUGGUGAUUUUCUCACUGACAUGCCAGACACACUACUUCAACUUGGACAGUUCAAAAAAACCCAGAUCUUGGUGGGUGUUAAUAAAGAUGAAGGAACAGCAUUUUUGGUGUAUGGUUCUCCUGGUUUCAGCAAAGAUAAUGACAGUGUCAUAACUAGAAGAGAAUUUCUAGAAGGUUUAAAAUUAUUUUUUCAAGGAGUCAGUGAACUUGGUAGGGAAUCAAUACUUUUCCAUUACACGGAUUUGUUAGAUGAUCCAAGAGCUGAAAAAUACCGUGAGGCCUUGGACGAUGUUGUUGGGGAUUAUAACUUCAUAUGCCCUGCCUUAGAGUUCACCAAAAAGUUUGCAGACUUGGGAAAUGAUGCCUUUUUCUACAAUUUUGAACACCAAUCAUCCAAACUCCCUUGGCCUGAAUGGAUGGGAGUAAUGCAUGGUUAUGAAAUUGAAUUUGUCUUUGGCUUACCUCUGGAGAGAAGGAUAAAUUACACAAAAGCUGAAGAAAUUUUGAGUAGAUCCAUAAUGAAACGUUGGGCAAAUUUUGCAAAAUAUGGAAAUCCAGAUGGCAACCAGAAUAGCAGCACCAGGUGGCCUGUCUUCAAAAGCACUGAACAAAAAUAUUUAACCUUGAACACAGAGUCACCGAAAGUCUAUACUAAGCUACGUGCUCAACAAUGCCGAUUCUGGACACUGUUCUUUCCCAAAGUCUUGGAAAUAACAAGAAAUAUUGAUGAAGCAGAACAAGAAUGGAAAGCAGGAUUCCAUCGCUGGAGCAAUUACAUGAUGGACUGGAAAAAUCAAUUUAAUGAUUACACAAGCAAGAAAGAAAGCUGCACAGAUUUUUGAAGAUUUCAAAGAUGGAGAAGAGUGACCGGGGGGAGAUUUGAAAACACAGAAGAGGAGAAAGAAGGCAAUGUGACCAGAGACACAGAAAUUGGAGAGAUACAGCCACAAGCUAAGGAAUGUCCUCAGUUACCAGAAUCUAGAAGCGACAAAAAUAUGAAUUCUUCCCUGGAGCCGAUGGAGGAAAAGUAGCCCUGACGAAACCUUGGUUACACUUAAUGAAGCUGAUGUCAAAUUUCUAAUUUCUAGAACUGAGAGAGGAAACUUUGAAUUGUUUAAGUCAUUAAGUUUGUGUUAAUGUAUUACAGCAGUCAUAGGACACAGAAACACACACACGUACAUAUAUAACUUUACCAAGAUAUAUCUAAUUAUUAUUUAUCUAACAUAUUCUUCCCUGUCUUCAAAGGUAUUUCAAUCUACCAGUUAAAAUGUAUCUUCAUUUUGGCACAAUUUUCAGAUAUAUGUUUCUUAUUUUUUCUCUGUUCACUCUAUUCUCACCUCCUGUGGUCCUAUUAUUCUUGAGUCUAAUUACAUGAAACUGUCCCAAUUUAGCCUCUCUUUAAUUUUUUUUAUUGCUUUCCUUAGAAAUACUCUAACUUGGGAUGUUUCCCUUCUGACAUUUGGCUCUUCUUCCCUGAUUUGCCUUCUAUAUACAAUCUAUUAUUUUAUUACCACUGUUACUAAAGGUAGUAAUUUUUUGUUUUGACUCUCAGAUAGUUUUUAUUUCAACUUAUUCUCUUUAUGGUUGGUUGAUGUAAUUUCAUAAAUGCAAAAACUCCUUUUAAACCUUUUAAAAUAAAAUGUUAUUAUUCAUAAAUAUUCUAAAAUUUUCUUAUUUUUAUGCAUUAACAAUUUCAAAAGCAAGUAUUCUUUGGACAUAAUCAUUUUUUUCAUUUUUUAAAAAUUAAUUAUUUUCCCAUGACCCUAUGCUAACACAGUGUUAUAUGAAUAAGUGUUGACAUAAAUUUUGGCAGAAAUAGGUGGGACUUCUUGGUCUAAUCCUUAAGAAACAGGACAAGGAAGAGGAAACAGAUUAUAUUUAAUACAGUUUUAACCUACCAGUGGGCAAAUCCACCAUAUGGUAGGGUCUAAGAGGAAAUUCUAAUGGAAGACCUUGUCACAAAAAGGAUAUUUAUGUAAGUUCCAGAAGGGUUCUUCUCCAAGGUAGGUGUGAUAGACAUAAAAUUGCUUUAAUCAUGUACUGGAGAUAUUGAGGAGAAUACUGUGUAAAGUAUAUGAUUGUCUACCCACUAUGUUUUAUACCUUAAUAAUAUUGAAUAUCAACAGUAAUUAAAAACAAAAAUUUUAAAUAUAAAUAAAAUAAUGGUAUUCAAAAAUUUUUUAAAAACUACAUGUUCAGACCAGUUCUUUAUCAGAUGAUCAAGACCAAUUUCUGACCAAGAGAAAGAUACUUCUACCAUAUGAUUUCAUUCAUAUGUGGAAUCUAAUGAACCAACUGAACUAAUAAGCAAAAUGGUGACAGACCUACAGGCUGACA